UUCUUUGGCAAUGUUUUCUUCAUAGCUCACUUCACAAGCCAUGUCGCAAUAUCUUACGCUCCUCAUGUGCCUCUUGCAAUAAAUACUAAACAUACUACCACUCGAUAUACCUCAUCAUCACCGAUCGACCGUCCAAUUCGCCUGCUAAGAUACAUCAUGACGAACCAUCAAAUGACCAACUCUCCCAAUCUACACACUACAUAAUCCAACCGCAACGAUGCUCUCGAUAUCGCCCCGUCUUCACAUCCGCCAUCCCUCUCCAACAACCGCCGAAUUCACUGUAACGACCCUUCGGCCGCUCCCGCCAGCAUUACACACCGUUGUUCUCAUCUCCCGCGCCGUCCUCUCUAUCUUCACCCUUCUUCUCCUUCACGCACGCCUGACCCUCCAUCCACUACUCGCCUAUGCCGCGCCGUCUCUUCUGAAGAUUAUACCACCCUCAUACCUCCGCGCACCAACCUCAAUUGCCUCCGUCGCGCAGGACAUACCGCUUUCUGUACUUGUCCCAGCCAGUAUAGCUGUGCUAUGGCUGUCUAGUCGAAGGGGCUAUGUGAGCGAGAGUAUCCUGGUCAUGAGAGGAUUGGGCGUGCAGACGAGUGAGAGUCCUGGAAGCUAUCUGGCUGGCACGGCUACGAGGUUCAUACCCACCGAAAAAAUCCAGGAUAUCCUUCUCAACGAAGCGUUUCUUGGGUUCGAGGUCAGGUACUACCUCAUUGUCAUUGUCGAGGGCGAGGAUGAUGUGGUAGUUGUGUUCCCGGGCUUAUUACCGCGACGGAAGAUCGUGGAGGAAGUAUGGAGGGGCGUCAGAAGAUGUUUGUAUGAGCAGAGAGGCGAAGACAAAGUACAGGCUUGA